AUGGGCGCCCAACUUCUCCGUAUUGAUGGAGAUGAUGUUAACGAUUUUAUCGAUUCAACAUUCAGAGGGAAUGGAAUUGGGACCAAAGCGAACCAAAUAAAUAAUUUGGGAGGAAGUGAAGACUGUGUUGAAAUGCAAAAAGAUGGAAAGUGGAAUGAUGUGACAUGUUCUAAUAGGCUUCCCUUCGUAUGUCAAAAACGAAUGUUAACAAAAUCGAAAAUCAUGGCUGAGAUUGGGAAACUAAACAAUCUGGUGAACGAACUUUAUAAUAAGAAUAUAUCAGAUGAAGUACGGAGAGAAGAUGCACAAGAGAUUAUAAAGGAACUGACAAAGAUCACAGAUCUUGAUAAAGUGGCGGGAGGAGAAAAUGGCGCUGACAAACAUAUUCUUAGUGACACGGUUAAAAUACUUCAAAAGAUCGUAAACUUAAAUAUUUCUAAUGGCAGCCUUAAAGUAUUAGAUCCUGCCAGCAAUAUAUUGGAUGAGAGAAAUGAUAAAUCAUGGAAAAAUAUUUCGGAUAGAAAUGUCAUUCCAGAUCUUGUAACAACGUUGGAAAAUUACGGACACCAAUAUGGAGAAGAAAUAAGAAACAACACAAAUGGUUCCAUAAGUCAAAACGCUUCAAACGUGCAGUUACGUGUCAGAUACAUGGAAAACACAGGCAAAUUGUCACUUGAGGACAGACGUUCAAAUUUCCCCAAUGCAUCCUUCAUCAUCUCGUCUGAUGCAAUCCCUAAAGAAUCUGGCAGUCUUGCUGUGGUCGUUUGGUACAAUACAUUAAAUUCCCUUCUUGGAGAGAAAUUUUACACCAGCAAUAAUUAUGCGAUAGUAAACAGUACGAUAAUCACUGCAAGUGUCCGACCUCAGUCAAAGAUGCUAAAGUUUACCCAGCCUGUGCAGAUCAUUUGGGACACAAAUGGAAAGAAUGACGAUGGAAAAUGCGCAUACUGGAUACCAGAGUCACGUGAAAAUAGAUGGAAGACAGAUGGUUGUAUUAGAGUCGAACACCAGUCAGGCAGAAAUCGCUCGAUAUGUGAAUGUAACCACCUCACAGCAUUUGCUACAAUAGACAUUUCAAGAAAUUUGUAUAAUUGUAUUGUAAGCAAGGGGCCCUAUAACUGGAGUUAA